AUGAUAUUUGCCAUAGAAGAGAUCAACAAGAACCCAGACCUCCUUCCCAAUAUCACCCUGGGCUACCAGAUCCUCUAUGCUUGUUCGACAAUCAGACGGGUCACGGGAGGAACUUUGUGGAUGUUAUCUGGAGAAAAGGAAAGUUCUCCAAAUUAUCGAUGUGGAAGAAAAGGAAAUCUUGUUGGUAUUGUUGGUGAUUCUGGGUCCACGGGUUCCAUCACAAUGUCCCAAAUCUUAGGACUUUAUAGAUAUCCACAGAUAAGUUACUUUGCAAGCAGCCCGGCUCUCAGCAACAGAAAUUUCUUCCCUUCCUUCUUUCGCACCAUACCUAGUGAUGCAUUUCAGUCCCGAGGACUUGCUAAACUCAUUUUGUAUUUUGGUUGGUCGUGGGUUGGGUUUCUAGCCAGCGAUACUGAUUAUGGCCAAAUAGGUCUCCAAGUGGCAAAGCAGGAAUUAAUUAAAGCCGGUGUUUGUGAAGCCUUUACAGAGACGAUUGUGAUCGGUCAGCCCAACAAGAAUGCUCCUCACAUUGUAAAAGUUAUCAAGAACUCAACAGCUAAGGUUGUGGUAGUGGUGGCCUCUAACGUGGAUUUUAUUCCUGUUGUAGAAGAGUUAACAAAACAGAAUGUGACUGGUAGAAUUUGGAUAGCCAGCGAAUCAUGGUCAACCUCUGCUCUUCUUUCUAAAGAAAAGUAUCGGCAAGUCUUGGUGAGCACCGUUGGGUUUGCUGUCCAUGGAGGGCAGAUGCCAGGGUUCAAGGAGUACCUUUACAGCUUACACCCAUCAAAAAGCCCAAAAGAUUCUUCUAUGCUACACUUUUGGGAGCAGAUAUUUUCUUGCAGGUGGACUAACCAGUUGAAUUUUGAUGGGACAAGUAACAAAACCGCACAUGACUGCACUGGAGAAGAAAAUCUGGGGAAGUCAACGCUGAAAGUUGACUUUGGAAUAACCUUCAAUGUCUACACUGCAGUUUAUGCGUUUGCUUGGGCCUUACACAGUCUACUUCAUUGCCAGCCAGGAAAAGGUCCAUUUCAUAAUGGAUGUGCAGAUAUUUUGUCAUUUGGCCCUUGGCAACUCCUUCAUUAUAUCAAAACAACAAAGUUUCAGACCAAAGACAAGACGUCCAUAUUUUUCGAUGAAAACGGAGAUCCUCCAGCCCUUUAUGAUAUUGUGAACUGGCAACCCAGCUCUACUGGCUCCUUGGAACAGGUUGUAGUAGGAAGCUAUGACUCAAGCUCUGCGGAUGGGAAGAUUAUGAGUAUAGACAGUGCUGCCCUUGUGUGGGCUGAGAAUAGUACAAAGGUCCCACCUUCUAAGUGCAGCUCUAGCUGUCCUCCAGGAUUGAUGAAGGUGACCAUUCCUGGAAAGCCUAUCUGCUGUUUCCAGUGUGUGUCAUGCCCUCAACGAGAGAUUUCCAAUAAAACAGAUGCUGUCAGGUGCCACCCUUGCCCCUGGGAUAUGUGCUCCAAUACACAACAAGAUGCAUGUGUGCCAAGGGCCGUUGAGUUCCUCAGCUACAAUGAAGCAAUUGGCAUCAUCUUGGCUAUCAUUGCUAUAUUCUCCUCUGUUUUCCCCCUUGGAAUUUUGGGAGUUUUCAUCUAUUACAAGGCUACACCAAUAGUACGAGCCAACAAUUGGUCUCUAAGCUGUCUUCUACUCAUAUCAUUGUGCCUCUGUUUCCUUUGCUCUUUGAUGUUCAUUGGAUACCCACAACCAGAAAAGUGCCUUCUUCGCCAGGUUAUGUUUGGUUUGGUCUUUUCUCUGUGCAUCUCUUGUGUCCUAGCCAAAACUCUUACAGUUGUCAUUGCCUUCAAAGCCACCAAGCCUGGAACCCAGUUGAGGAAAUUUAAAGGGAUAAGAAUGUCCUACUCACUCAUUAUUCUUUGUUUACUAAUUCAAGUAUCAAUUUGUGUGACUUGGCUUUCUUCUUCACCUCCUUUCCCAGAAUUUGAUGCUCACACUAAGGAAAUUGUGAUUGUUUUGAGUUGCAAUGAAGGCUCUGCUGUUGCAUUUUGGUUCAUGUUAGGAUAUCUUGGUCUCCUAGCCACCAUCAGUUUCAUUAUUGCCUUUUUGGUCAGAAGAUUACCUGACAGCUUUAAUGAGGCCAAGUUCAUCACCUUCAGCAUGCUGGCCUUCCUCAGUGUUUGGAUAUCCUACAUCCCAGCCUCUCUCAGCUCACAAGGAAAGUACGUUGUGGCCACAGAGAUCUUUGCCAUCUUAUCCUCCAGUUGGGCGCUACUGGUUUGUAUUUUCCUACCAAAAUGUUUCAUCAUAUUGUUUCGACCAGAUAUAAACUCCAAAGAACAUCUGAUGAAGAAAAACCAUGGUCAAAAUCUAAAAAUAAAGACAAUCAUUUGAUAAAGCACUGCAGUUACGUGAUU